AUGGCCACUGCCACUGUUUCAACACUCUGCGGUACUUUCGGAACCCAUUGCACCAUUUCCCACAACUCUAAACCUCUAUUUUCUCAACCUUUCAAUCUCAAUCGUCUUCCUUCUCACUCGUACAACCUCACAUUCUCGCCUCGCUCACCUUUCGCACCGGUUCCCAAGUCUUCAGAAUCUGCUGUGGCCCAAACCGAAACCGGUUCGCCCGAGGCCGAACCGGCUCAGAUUGUCCCGGUUAAGCCACCCUCCUGGGAACCCGGUCUCUUCGCUGUUGUAAUGGUUGGUUCACGCCAAUAUAUUGUUCACCCGGGGCGAAAGCUUGUUGUUCAGAGGUUGGCAGGUGCUAAUGUUAAUGAUAAGAUUGCCUUACAUAAAGUUUUACUGGUUGGCACUGAUACAUCUUGCUACAUUGGGAAACCAAUAGUAACAAAUGCUGUGGUAUAUGCAACAGUGGAAGAACAGGGUUUAGACGACAAAGUAAUUGUCUUCAAGUAUAAAAAGAAGAAACACUAUCGCAGAACCAUUGGACACAGACAGCCAAAUACACGUCUACGGAUAAACAGCAUUAUGGGCUAUGAGAACUACCCAAAAGUUACUAUGGACGAUCUCAAACGAGAGGAUUCCGAAUCAUGA